GUCUAAUGCAUGCCCAGCGUCCACAGUAUGCCUGUUGUCGUCAUCGAUCUCUAAGGGAAGACGCCUAGAAUCAGACAGACGCAUCGUACCAUCCGAAAAACCGUCUUGCGGCUUGGGGCAGGUCACUAACGCGCAUCACAUGGCGCGCCCUCCAUGGCAAGACUGUUGUGUGACUUUGAGGCUUCAGUUUGCCAAACCUCAUUCUCGGAUUCUCACGUUUCUCUCUCCAUCACACAGUUUCUUUCUGCGACCAUGCUUCCUCGGAUAGCCGUCUCAUUAUAUUUCUUCAAUGUACUACGCCAUUCCUUUCUGUUCAGUUCGUCCAAACCCCAGAUCUUGGCUGGCUAAAAAUAUUUUGUCCUGGACAUUGCGUUGAAUUCAUACUCCCCCCUCCCCCCGGGAAACAGUCAUAAACAAUGUACAUCCCCAGACAGCAAUUCCUCACCGAGGCCGACGUUUGGCCCCAGAGUGCCGAGAACAUCCUUCAAUCCAAUGGCUCGGUCGCUGCAUACCCUGGCAUGCCCGCCGACCUCCAACCUCCCUACAGAAACAAUCCAGAUAUUCACAGUAUCGCCGUCUUCAUACAAAUAACAUGGAUGCUGUGGUUUGUGUUGAUACUUUUGAUGAUGUGUCGCGCUCUCUACGAUAGAUUCGGCGGCGCCGGAGACGAAGGAUCUGAUGCUGAAUCAGACAUCACAGAGGCAGGCUGGCGGAUCGAGGACUCCAGCCUGUCCGCUACGUCAGCAGCCUCACAGCAUCGGAAGAGGUUAAAAAAGCUCGAACAAGUUGCUCCGGCGCAGUCACUGCUACACUGGAGGGCCGAGAAAUCGGUUGAACACGUUCAGACUUUCGCAACGCUCUCCACGACUCUCAGUUGAUACGUUACUCACCCCCCCGUUUUCCACGCUUCGUUGACUGACAUCCGCAGCACUGCCAUCUGCCUGGAAUCUCUCGAAGAAACCGAUCUGAUUCGCGAACUCCGAUGUGGCCACGUCUACCACGCCAACUGCCUCAACCUCUGGGUUGAACGCGGCCAUCACGAUUGCCCGCUGUGCAAGUACGACAUGCUGGGUUUGAUGAAAAGCUUUCUGAAACCCCACCCCGAUGAUGAUGCCGAAGUCACCGCCCCUGGCCAGGAAGUUGGCCAACCCUCUGAGGAUGUUCACAGCGAUCACGUCACUGACUACGGGACCACGGCUAACGAUUCAAAUCACUGAAGCUUGAAAAAUGUGGCAAACAAAACUCUGCCGCUUCGUCUGCUCGUGAAUUGAAGCAGCGACCUUCCUUACUUCUCAAUAGCAGCAGAUACGCAUGCUGAAGAACCACCGCGAUCAGUCUGCAGCAAAUUGAUCAGGAUAUCCUUGGACUCUGUUCAACUGCACAGACCGACGAAGAUCCCUCAUUGGCUAGUAGAGUGCACCAGCAGGCGCCCCAGCAGCCGUCCUGGCCGGGCGAGUUACACUCGCAGCCAGAAAGGCCAAACAGGGCUGGCCCGACUUUUCAUCGAACGUGGCUAAGCUGGCACAAGUGGCAUUUCCAGCAGUCCACGUGGGGCCCGCAAAAUCGGUCGCUUUCAAUGUCAACGGCCGAAGAACUGGUUGCAUGUCUUUCGUUCGAAUGCUCCGCCAACUACCUUUUAAAGUGGUGAAAGGCGUGAGACAGCUCCGACGAGAACCCGACGCAGACUCCUCGGAGGGCUGAGCCCGCAUGAGCAGACAUCUAUCGACAGUCGGACGUCACUUAGCGAGCCAUCGGGAUGCAAGCAUCAAGACUCGAUAUAGAGAGCACCAGCUGGAAAUGAUUAUGCCUGCAGCAGACCCAGGCUUUUAUUUGUGGAGCUGAUAUUUACAACGUACGGCUGGAAAGCGGGCCAUGCACGAUAUCUGACCCUCCCUCAUUCAAGGAGGUCGAGGAAGACAGAUCGAUCCCAGCACGACGGAUUUCCAGAAGAAACUUUUUCUUUUUGUCUACCUCUUAAGAAGCAUUCGUAACUUCAUCGACCAUCCUCCUAAACUCCCUCUGUCUCUCGCACUGCUCCAAGAAGACCUUGUACUUUACGUCCAGCAGGCGUUUGACGCUCUUGUCCUCGUUGGGCCGCACGACCUUGCCCGGCUUGCUCAUCCGGUCCAUGAUGCUCCAUAGAUCCUCGGUCUUGCCGUUCGCGUCGGCACUCGCGGCCUUGGCUCCCAGCAUGGCGGCGCCGUGGCACACGGCGGCGUGGACGUAGCGGGGGAUCAGGACGGGCAUGUCGCAGGCGGUGGCGACCAGGGACAUGAGGAUGUCGUUCUGGCACUGGCUGCCGGACAUGAAGAUGGAGCUGAUCUUGUGGCCGGCGUUGUUCAUGGUCGAGAUGAUCUGCCAGGUCUGCAGGGCGAUGAACUCCAUGGUGCCGUAGUAGUACAGGGCCAGGCCGUCGAGGGACUUGUCGCUCGACAGGCCGACGACGGAGCCGGACAUGGUGGGGUCGGCGAUGGGCGAGCGGUUGCCGAACAGGUCGCCGUAGAAGAAGAAGUGGCGGCCCAGGUGGCUCACGCUCGGGGCGCCGGCCUUCUCCUGCAUGUCCAGCAGGUGCUGGUUCAGGAAGUCGUAGACGUUGCUGUUGGUCGACUCGGCCCGCGACAGCGCCUGGUUGUACGCCGGGUGCGUCUCCAGCACGUGCUUGAGCAGCUCGCCCGUCGCCGACUGCCCGCCCUCGGCCAUCCAGUAGUUCGGAAUCACCGCGUCCCUGUAGGGCCCCCACACGCCCGGCACGAACACGGGGUCUUUGCUCAUGACCAGAUGGCAGGUGGACGUCCCCGCGACGGCGGCCAGGCGGGUGAAGGCUUGGGACUGGUCGUUCGCGGGUGCCUCUUGGGAAAGGUGGUCGGCCGAGAGUUGGACCUUGGCGCCCACGGUGCCGAUCCAGCCCGCGUAGGCGUCGAUGACGCCGCUGCCGACGGCGAUGCCGGCGGGCAGGCCGAGGUCUGCGGCGGCGCGCGGACAUAGAUGGCCGGCCAGUUCGCCCGCGGAGAGGUAUUCGCCGUUCUAUUGAGGCGAAAAAGGGACGAAAAAGGUUAGCCCGAGUAGCGGAAAGGCACAGGAUUGAAAUGGGGGUAAAGCGAUGCGGCUUGAUAUCUCGUGUCCAAAAGGAGAAGAAAAGAAGCAUGUUUGUGUGUUUGUGAAAGGGUGUAAGGAAACAGGCUCACCACCCCAUUGACGCCGCCCAUUCUCUUGAAAUUGUCCUCGGCCAGGUCCGCCAGGCCGAUCUCGGUCAAAAAGUCCUCCUGCCAGCCCUUGACGCUCCCGUCGACGCCGACGGGGACGUAGCCUUGCUUGCAGACGACGGAGCAGAAGCUCCGCUUCUCGUUGCCGGUGGCGAUGUGCUCGAGCGCGUCGGUCAGGUCGUAGAACUUGCAGCGGUCGAAUAGGGACUUGGGCAUGUUGUUCUUGAGCCACAGGACCUUGGGGAUCUCCAUCUCGAUGGACAUGGUGCCGCCGACGUAGCGCAGCAGGUUGUGCCCGGUGGCGUUGAUCUUCUUGGUCUCGUCGACGGGGCGGUGGUCCAGCCACAGGACGACGUUGUGGUCGUUCUGCGCCGCGUCGAAGUUGGGCCCCGUCACCGACACGGGCUCGUCCGUGUCGUGCGUGAAGACGGCCAGCGAGCAGGUCGCGUCGAACCCGAUGCCCCGGAUCGAGUGCGGGUCGAUGUUGUUCUGCGUCAUGGCCCGGUGCACCGACAGGCAGAUGCAGCGCCAGAUGUCCGUGGUGGAUUGUUCCUGUGUCCGUGCGACCCCUUUGUCAGAGAAAGAUUCGAAACGCGGAGGAGUUCUUGCCUCCCCCCCUUCUCUCUCUCCCAUCCCGGCGAAGCCCUUACAUAGUAUCCCGUCUGAGGUUGCCAGAGACCAAUGUUCUCCGACGACAAGCCCACAAUGUCGCCGGCCUCGUUGAUGAUACAGGCCCUGGCACUGCCCGUGCCGACGUCGAUGCCAAUGUAAUGGUUCAUCUGGACGUAGACUUCAUUUCGUGAAUCCACCGAGCCUUGUCGCGUGGGCGUGCGGACCCCGGUGUUGGGACCUGGGCGGAAAGGGAUCGGGCCUGAAGAAGCC